UUGGACCCUGGUCAAGUCAGUCAAAGACCCACUUCCGGGUGUCGAUUCGUUACAAAACAGUCUGCACAGCGGGGGAAGAGGACGAAACCAGAGAAAACGCUGGGUACCGUUUAUUAUAGGAAAAUGAUGCUCUCAGAAGUCGUCCAGGUGCUCCGUGGUGCGGGUAAAGUGGGCACCGCACUGGUCACUACUCAAGGAGAGCAGCUCCGGUUAAUGGCCUGCAAUUCAACCGUGGGUGCAGGAUUCCAAGCGGCCCAGGAUGUGGUGGAAGGACUGGUGAAUACUUUUAUGGGUGCCUCCAAUCAGCAGUCUAUAAAGGAGGACGUGUUCCCAGAUGCAGAGGGCUGGGAAAAUAUGGAUCCUGAUGAAGCAGCCAAGUGGGCAGUUGGAUCUGAGUUCCCUGAUGCUGUGGAGAAAAGCCAGGCGGAAACUGGACCUGCCACAGGGACACACACAGGUACAGCAGGAGGAGGAGGAAGUGGUUGGCCAGGACAGAGCACUCGCUUCUUGCACACCUCCACCGGCCUCCAGAGGUACUACUACCAGACCAGGUCCGUCCACAAUACAGUAGUAGCCAAACUCACACCCGAAGAUAUCAAGAAGGCCAGGGAGGCCAAGCAGGCGCUAGUCAAACCGGUCAGGCAGAAGCUGAGUGACCAUGCCAAAGAGAGGAAGGUCCCCGCUACACGGAUCAGCCGGCUCGUCAACUUUGGGGGUCUGGCAGUAGGACUUGGUAUUGGUGCCAUUGCAGAAGUGGCUAAACAAUCACUGGGAGGCAAACAAAAAGGAGACAUGAGCGCCCUGCUAGACUCGCCCUUCCUAUCAGAGGCCAACGCUGAGAGGAUCGUCAACACGCUGUGUAAAGUCCGUGGGGCUGCACUCAAGAUAGGCCAAAUGCUCAGCAUACAAGACAACACCUUCAUCAACCCCCAGCUGCAGAAGAUCUUCGAAAGAGUCCGACAGAGCGCAGACUUCAUGCCCCCAUGGCAGAUGAACAAGGUUCUGGAGGAGGAGCUUGGGCCCGGCUGGAGAGAGAAGCUCUCGUCGUUUGAGGAGAAACCUUUCGCCGCAGCCUCCAUCGGCCAGGUGCACCACGGGGUUUUAAAAGACGGCAGGGAGAUCGCCAUGAAGAUCCAGUACCCAGGAGUGGCAGAGAGCAUCCAAAGCGACAUAGACAACCUGAUGUCAGUGCUGAGAAUGAGCGUGGCAAUGCCAGAAGGUCUGUUUGCAGACAGCAGUUUGGAAGUUCUUCAGAGGGAGUUGGCGUGGGAGUGCGACUAUAAGCGUGAAGCGGAGUGUGCCAAGAAGUUCAGGUCGCUGCUCGAAGGAAAUGAGUAUUUUAAAGUCCCUGAAGUGAUUGACGAGCUGUCGGGGCGGAGGGUGCUGGCCAUGGAACUGGUGCAGGGAGUUCCACUAGACCGCUGUGUGGACCUGGAUCAGGAAACAAGAAACCAGAUCUGUUUCAAGAUCCUCCAGCUUUGUCUUAGGGAGCUGUUUGAGUUCAGAUUCAUGCAGACGGACCCAAACUGGUCCAACUUCUUCUACAACUCUGAAACAAACCAGGUGAUUCUUUUAGACUUUGGGGCAUGCAGAGACUAUGAAGAAAAAUUCACAGAUGACUACAUACAGGUGGUUCACGCGGCCUCUAUUGGAGAUCGUGACACCGUUCUCUCCAAAUCGAUGGACCUCAAGUUCCUGACAGGCUUCGAGGCCAAGGCCUUCAAGGAUGCCCACGUCGAGGCGGUCAUGAUCCUCGGCGAAGCCUUCGCGUCCACCGAGCCCUUCGACUUCGGCGCUCAGAGCACGACCCAGCGGAUCCAGAACCUCAUUCCCGUCAUGCUGCGCCACCGCCUCACGCCUCCCCCCGAAGAGACGUACUCUCUCCACCGCAAGAUGGCCGGCUCUUUCCUCAUCUGCUCCAAGCUGAGGGCAAGCAUACCCUGCAGAGACAUGUUCAUGGACAUAUACAACGCCUACAACCAGAGGAGGCACGCACAGCAGGCGGCGCAGGCCAUCGCCUGAACGCCGAGGUACGACCCCCCCACGCCCUCAUGAGCCCGCGAAACAGAGAGAAUCGCCCUGUGGCCACAACGCGCAGGCGGAGACUCUGGAUGGGACUCCAUGUUGAUGUGUUACAGACGGCUUGCGUUCUAAUGAGGAUCUCCGCUUUCUCUGCUUGUCCCUCCGUGCUGGAUUUAUAUCAGAGUGAAGAAAUAAUUCAGGGGGUUGCCCAACCCUCAGCUCAGAACACCACUGUGACUGAGCUCAUCUAUAGACUUUAAUCAUAAAACUGUAAUUAUUUCAAAUUAAAUGUGAAGUUAAAGGGAGUAAUUCACAUUGAAGCCCAAUAGAUUGUCAAUGAAUUCUAUCAUGAGAAAUAAUUUCCGUCACAACAAACACUACUCACAGAGCUGCUUUCUCUCAAGAUGUGUUUUCUCUGUUUUUGCUAAAAAGGAAUUCAUUCCAAUUUAAUACUCAUUUUGAUGGCAAAGUCCACCACGUUCAUAAAAGAGGGAAUAUCUCGUCUGAUGUGGAGAUAAUAAGCCAUGCACAGAAUUGUAGAUGCUGCCAACUGCUCCUCUUUGUAAAGCGUAAUUUAUUGCUGGUGAACAAAGCUUAUGCUCGAAUGUGAUGGCUGCCAGACUAGAUGAACAGAUUAUCGAGGAAUUAGUCUAAUGGAACUCCACUGAGUAAUGGCCUUGCAUUAUGAAGUGUACUUGACCUAAAACUCCAUCGGUCUCAUUUCCAACCCGUUAGCGCCCCUUUAUUGUGUACUACUUACUUUACUGCAGUGUGCUGUGUUUUUCUUUAUUUAAAAAAAAAAAAAUUAAACUUGGGAAAGCUUUUAUUUAGA